CAUUCAAAACUUUCUGCUUUCAGCGACUCAUUCAGCAAAAGCCAAAAGCAUCUGUUGCAGCUGCAUCCCGUCUGAGAGCGUGUGAGUGAGUGAAAGAGAGAGAGAGUAAAGUGUGUGAGAUGGAGGGAAACAGAGGAGAGCACGAGCAGGUAGAAAAACCAGAGGCAUUCACGGAGGAAGAAAGAGUGAUGAUCAAGACCACCUGGUCGAAGGUGUAUGAGCAUAAAGAGGCAGCAGGAGUUGCUGUGCUCAUCAGACUCUUUACGAGUUUCCCUGUAGCGAAGCAGUACUUCAGCGAGUUUCGGCACAUGGAGGAUGUGCAGGAAAUGCAGGCGAGCAAGCAGCUGCAGAAACAUGCGGUGAGAGUGAUGAAGGCGCUCAACACGCUGGUGGAGAACGUCCAGGAUGGAGAGAAGAUGGCGUCUGUGGUGGAGCAGGUAGCCAAAUCCCACGCUAACAAGCACAACGUUGAGCCAAGAUACUUUAAAAUUCUGGCUGGAGUUAUUCUAGAAGUGCUGGUGGAGACUUUCCCAGAAACCUUCAGUGAGGAGGCACAGAGGCCAUGGUCAAAACUGCUGGGUGUAGUUUACUGGCAUGUCACUCUGGUCUACUUGGAGAUCGGCUGGACUUCCAAAGAGUGAGAGAGAGAGAGAGAAAUCUGUCCAGAAAGCCGUCUCUACAGGAAUUAUAUUCAUCAGGGAGCAAAAUUCAGAUCAUUUAGCAAUGAGAAACUACAAUUUUUGUUUUUUUGAUUGUUGCGAUCAGUUUGUAUUUCAUCAUAACCCAAAACUGCCAUGUUGCUUUUCAGGGAUUUAUAACAGGUAGCGGCUGCAAAGUGGGUAUUCUUUAUAAAGUAUAUAAAGUAUACAUAUUUAUACUUUAUAUAUAUAAAGUAUUCUUUAUAGUUUUUAUGUUUAAAGAAAUGUAUUUGUUGAUCAUUUUAAAGCUUUAUGCUUUAUUAAUGCAAUUUUAAAGUUGACAUCAAUACAGAGGGGAUGUGAUUAAACUCAUAAUUUCUAACUGGCUUCAAGCUAAAUAUAUAAAUAUAAAUCACAGGUACAAUGUUAUUGUGAUUAUGAUCCUAAUAGAGGAAUUUUUAUACUCUCUGUUUUGGUGAAACCGAAUAAGUGUCAUGUAAUCUGUUCUCUGGACAGACAGUGAUUAUGUGUUUGAGAUUCAAAUCUGACUGUAAUUACACUUCCAUUAAUAUCUCCAGUUUUAUACAGAGCCGAGCGAACACACUGCAAUUACAGAGACUGCUUUUUAAAAAUAAAUAGAAAUUAAAAAAAGAAAAAUCA